AUGUCGGCUGCGGAAGAUCUGUUGCGGGAUUUCGAAGACUCCGAUUUCGAAGAGACGGAGGAAAAUGGAGUCGAAAAUGAAGGUCAAGAAAUGGAACUCGUGCCGGAGACGACAGAGGAAGCCGAGGAGGAAAAUGUCGCAGUGAAGAAUGAUUUCGAGGUUGCCAUGUCAGCGGCUGAUGAACUGGCACGUCUACACAAAGUCUUGCGCGACUACUACUCGGUGCGAUUUCCAGAGCUUGAAACUCUUAUUACGAACCCCAUCAACUACGCGAAAGCCGUUGCGAUCUUGAAAAAUGGACCGCUCGACAAUAUCAAGCAACUCUCUACGUCCUCCGACAACAUCGUCGGCGCUCCGCUCAAUACUGUUCUCGAUGGACCCUCCCUUAUGGUCGUUACUGUUGAAGGAACAUCCACUCGAGGUCGGCCGAUGUCAGAAGCCGAGCUCAAGCUUGUGCUCGAUACUUGUGAGAAAAUCCUCAAACUAGACCGCGAACGAACUGCACGUAUCGAGAGUGUUCAAUCUCGAAUGACCGAAAUUGCACCAAACCUCACAGCUCUUAUUGGUUCACAAACGGCUGCCCAGUUCCUAAAUCAGGCUGGUGGAUUACUUGAGCUUGCCAAAAUCCCUGCCUGUAAUCUUGCUGCUCAGGGCUCCAAGAAGCAAGAAGGACUGGGAUUUGCGACGAACGUUGGUAUUAGACAACAAGGCUUCCUCUACAACUCGCCGAUGAUUCAAGACAUACCGAACGACGUCAAACGCCAGGCGAUGCGGAUUGUGUCGGCAAAGAUGGUCUUGGCGGCCCGAGCUGAUGUUGCUCGUAGCAGUCCAGAUGGAUCGAUGGGCGAGGAGCUUAAACAACAAUGUUUCCAUCGGUUGGAUAAGCUUACGGAACCACCACCAAACAAAGGUCCUCGAGCCUUACCUGCACCCGAUGACAAACCGGCUAGAAAGCGAGGUGGUCGACGAGCACGCAAAGCGAAGGAAGCCGUGGCAAUGACAGAAUUACGAAAGGCACAAAAUAGGGUUGCAUUCGGCAAAGAAGAACAGGAAGCUGGAUACGGUACCGGUGACGGCACGGUUGGAUUGGGUAUGCUUGGGCAGGAGAAUGAUGGUCGGAUUCGUGCCGCUCAGAUCGAUCAGCGAACACGGGCCAGGCUUAGCAAAUCCAACAAGGGCUGGGGAGCAGCCACUCCAAUCAGUGGUAUCGCUUCAUCUCUUCGAGGGCCCGGGAAUGCCACAGUACUCCAAGCAAAGGGCCUACGCACAUCAGGAGUUGGCACCUCGCUCAACGCGACGGCUGGUACGGCGAGUUCUAUUGCAUUCACACCGGUGCAAGGUCUGGAAUUGGUCGACCCCAAAGUCCAGGCGGAGCUCAAUCGUAAGCGCAAGGCAGAAGAGGACCGAUGGUUCAAGAGUGGUACCUUCACUCAAGUUGGAGGACAAAAUGGAGGUUUCAAGGUCCCUGAUGUUCCGGCGAACAAGAAGGUUAACACUGGAGCGGGCAACAUGGCGCCUCCGCCACUGCCUCUUAAGAAGUGA